CACAGUCUUCUCCAUCUACUGUCUUUGCUUCACCAACAGCUCUCGGAUCCGUUCUGAUCCAACCAACCAACCGUCACCAUGUCUGAACCUCUCACCAAGGUUGAUUCCGCCGUUCAAGGCCUGUCAUCAUCACCGCCCAAAGAGAAGGGCCAUAGGAGAACAAGCUCUAGCGCGGCUGGUGUCAUGACCAUUGCGGAAAUCAAUGAAAGCCAUGCUCCUCUAGAACUGGCAAUCGAGACACAGCAAACAGCGUGGAAAAUAAAUCAGCGGCCCAAGGAUCUCGACAAUGACCAGCUGCUCCAGCUUCCCCUCACAAAGCCUCCCAUCAAGAGCAUAACAUUAAAGUUCCCCCAUGGCAAAGAGGUCGUGGCUCGUAACAUGAAGGGCCUGACAAUAGGUGACGCACUGUCGGCCAUCCACAAGGCAAACAAGAACCGAGCUGAUGAUGAACUUGACAACCCAUACCUCAAGGGCUUCGCAUGGGAUGCGGGUGAGAGCUACUUUGAAGUACAUCUCCAGAGCCAGCCGGCGACAGGCUCGUCAAGCGGCGGCGGCGGUGGCAAGAAGAAGAAGAAGAGCAAGGAGACUGACGAGUAAAUUCCCAUCCACCCAUCCUUAAUGUCUGUUCAAUAGUUCCUUCAAUUGUUUUUUGUUUGGCUUCGCCCGGUUCUGUGCGAGUCGGCGCCCGGGAUAUUGCAACUAGAUGUUGUUGGUCGGGAUAUGAUGACGCGAUUGCUGGAUGCAUCGCUUAUGUACUCAAUUUACUUUCACGGAAAGGAGUGUUUUGCACUCUUAAUGUAUAACUUGAAAUUCUACUUUUCACACGAUCUACUUUCUCC